AUUGAUUAAAAAAAAUCACAGGAAAGAGCGAAAAGUGGAGAGGGUCUUACGUUUCAGGGCCACACGCAAUCUGAGUGCCAUUCCUCUCUUUGUCUUUCUCUCUUUCUCUCUCUCUCUGUUCUAAGAAAGGGAAGCUCUUUGUCUUGUUGGGUCCUUGCAAAGAUCCAAUUUUGACGAUCAAAAAUCAACCCUUUGGGAGAGUUCAGAGUUCAGACACGUACGUCUUUAGAGAUUAGAUUGAUAUGUCGUGUUCAUCUUCUUCCGGAUCAGAAGGAGAAGAAGAGGGUUACGAUGCUUACCGGAAAGGUGGUUAUCACGCCGUCAGGAUCGGCGAUCCAUUUUCUGGUGGUCGUUACAUCGCUCAGAGAAAGCUCGGUUGGGGUCAAUUCUCCACCGUUUGGCUUGCCUACGAUACUCGCACCUCUAGCUAUGUUGCUUUGAAGAUUCAGAAGAGCGCACAACAAUUUGCUCAAGCUGCACUUCACGAAAUCGAAUUUCUUUCAGCUGCUGCUGAUGGAGAUCUCGCCAAUUCCAAAUGUGUUGUUCGUCUUAUCGACCAUUUUAAGCAUAUUGGGCCAAACGGACAGCAUUUGUGCAUGGUGCUUGAGUUUCUUGGCGAUAGCUUGCUCCGUUUAAUCAGAUACAACCGUUACAAAGGUCUAAAACUGAAUAAUGUCCGGGAGAUUUGCAGAUGUAUACUGACUGGUUUAGAUUAUUUGCACCGCGAGCUCGGUAUGAUUCACUCCGACUUAAAACCUGAAAACAUUCUUCUUUGUUCCACCAUCGACCCUGCCAAAGAUCCUGUUAGAUCUGGACUAACCCCAUUACUAGAAAAGCCAGAGGGAAACGCAAACGGUGGCGGAUCCACAAUGAAUCUGAUUGAGAAGAAGCUAAAGAGGAGAGCGAAAAGAGCGGUUGCUAAAAUAUCAGAGAGAAGAGUUUCAAUGGUGGGUGCUACGGGUGAAGAAUCAUCAUCCAAGAGGGAAAGAAGCCUUGAUGGGAUUGAUAUGAGAUGCAAAGUGGUUGACUUUGGUAACGCUUGUUGGGCUGAUAAACAGUUUGCAGAAGAGAUACAAACGAGACAGUAUCGAGCUCCUGAAGUAAUACUAAAGUCAGGAUACUCUUUCUCGGUUGAUAUGUGGUCUUUUGGUUGUACGGCUUUUGAGCUUGUCACAGGAGAUAUGCUAUUUGCUCCUAAAGAAGGGAAUGGUUAUGGAGAAGACGAGGAUCACCUGGCUCUUAUGAUGGAACUCCUAGGAAAGAUGCCUCGAAAGAUUGCGAUUGGAGGAGCGAGAUCGAAAGACUAUUUUGACAGACACGGGGAUUUAAAAAGGAUCCGGCGGUUGAAAUAUUGGCCACUUGAUCGCUUACUGAUGGAUAAAUACAAGCUUCCAGAAGCAGAAGCAAAGGAGUUUGCCGAGUUUCUGACUCCGAUACUGGAGUUUGCGCCAGAGAAACGACCAACUGCGCAACAGUGCUUGGAACAUCCAUGGAUGAAUGUAAAGACAAUGGAAAAUGUAGAUGCACAAAUGAACAACUUGCAUAUCAAAGGGUGAAAGAAACUCAAACGUCUUCUUUGUUUUUUUCUUUGGUUCUUCAUUCCUUUUUGAAUAACUCUCUUCUUUAAUUAAUGGAUUAUUUCGUAAUGGUUUCUUUGCU